ACAUAUAAACCCUACCUCCAUUUCCAGCCUGACACCCGCUCCGCUCCCCGCUCUUUCUAAAACCCUAACCCUAGCCCCAUCCCUCGGAUUCCAGAUUCCCGAAGGGUUACCAUGGAUUCUUCAAGCAACCCCGACAGAAUUGACGCCCAAAACUUGCCCAAUCAACCAUCGAAAAUCAGAUUUUCAUAUGACGACGAUGAAGAAGCGGCAACCGAGAGCUCCAAUGUGGAGGAAGAUGCUGCCAUGUGUGAGCCUGAGGAGUCCUUUGCUGCUGGCGAUGAUAAGACAAGUGCGGAUUAUUACUUCGAUUCUUAUUCCCAUUUUGGUAUCCAUGAAGAAAUGUUGAAGGAUGUUGUCAGAACUAAGACAUACCAAAAUGUCAUUUAUAAGAGUUCCUUCCUUUUUAAGGAUAAAGUGGUUCUUGACGUGGGGGCGGGUACAGGAAUUCUUUCACUGUUUUGUGCCAAAGUUGGAGCCAAGCAUGUUUAUGCGGUUGAAUGCUCAGGCAUGGCUGAUAUGGCUCAGGAAAUUGUAAAGCGAAAUGGAUUUUCAAAUGUUAUCACAGUUCUCAAGGGAAAGAUUGAAGAGAUUGAGCUUCCAGUUGCUCGAGUUGAUGUCAUAAUUUCAGAGUGGAUGGGAUACUUUCUGGUCUAUGAAAACAUGCUAAACACUGUUCUUUAUGCAAGGAACAAGUGGCUGGUCCAAGAUGGAAUUGUGUUGCCGGAUAAAGCCUCACUUUAUUUGACAGCAAUUGAAGAUGCUGACUACAAGGAAGACAAGAUUGAAUUUUGGAAUAAUGUAUAUGGAUUUGACAUGAGUUGCAUUCGGAAGCAGUCCAUUAUGGAGCCUCUUGUUGACACUGUAGAACAGAACCAGAUUGUUACCAACUGCCAAUUACUAAAGACAAUGGACAUCUCUAAGAUGGAAGCUGGAGAUGCUUCCUUCACUGCACCUUUCAAGCUUGUGGCAGAACGUGAUGAUUAUAUUCAUGCUCUAGUUGCUUAUUUUGAUGUUUCAUUUACCAAGUGCCAUAAGUUGAUUGGCUUCUCUACAGGACCCAAGUCACGUGCCACUCACUGGAAACAAACAGUUCUGUACUUAGAAGACGUGCUUAGCAUUUGCGAGGGGGAAGCAUUGACAGGGACCUUGUCGGUGGCACCUAAUAAGAACAAUCCCCGUGAUGUGGAUAUAACUCUAAAAUAUUCACUGAAUGGGAAACAUUGCCAGGCCUCAAGAACUCAGUUUUAUAGAAUGCGCUGAUCUCGAUAUCCCUUGGUUAUAUGGUGUGGUAUUCAUGCUCGGAAAGUUCAGAGAGCUGGUUUCCUGAUUGUUGCAUGUGGCCUCCUUCCGCUAUAUAAUUUCCAUUGAACUUCUUCAGUCAUAUUUCCCGGCCAGCUACUGCUGCUGCCCCCUUCGAUGAGCUCUUGGCUUCCUGGUAAGUGAUGGCUAUCAUAUAUUUGGGUUAUUGGAUCAGUUUUUUGUUCGAUGCUAUUAUGAUAAAGUGAACACAUUUAAUCGGCACUGUACUGCCUAUGACAUUGAAUUAGAUCUACAUUUAGUGCAACUUGGUUGCUGUGUUUGUCUUGCCGGCUAAAUUGCUGCGGUUUGAGUUUCAUUUACUACCUAAAGAUCAGAAAUUUGAAUCUAUUCACACAGUUGAUUGCUCCUAUUUUUAUUUUUUAUUUUAUUUUUUGUUA